AUGCCUCCCGAACCAAAGAAGGGAGGAUGCCUAGUGGCUCGAGCGGUACCGCUCCCCUUGGGUGGUUCAGCAACCCAAGAUUUGGCAGACCGUAUGGAACAGCUCAUAAUCGAAGACACAAAUAGCCAAAGAAAAAUUGACAAAGUGGCCAACAAUAUCAGCCCAUCGGACUUUGUUACUUUGCAAAGUAUCAGAUCAUCGGCUUUGGCGCGAAAAACAGCGACAACUUCAAAAUUUUGCAGCAGUGGGCCAAUGCUAUUCAAUGAUCUGCUCAACAAAGAUCCAGAUGAGCAGGAAGUCCCUCUAAAGAAAAACGAUAAGGUCAAGGAAUCUGUUAAAAAGAAGGAAGAUAAAGCAGUUGAGAAGGAGAGGAAAAGCAGUAGCUCAGAGGAGAAGGAGCAGUUAAAGGAGGGUGACCUUCUAUCACGAGGUCCCGUAAAGAAUGUACGACCUCCUCAGACUCAUCACCCAUACAGUAUCGGUCCCCUACACUAUGGAACGGCUGCUCAAAGCACUGUUCAUGACUAUUCCGCUUUUUCAAACUACGGUAGCGGUUACGAGUGCGGAAGCACAUGGACUGACAGUCCAGAUACAUUCGGAUACAUAUCAUCAUCGUCUUCGCCAGAUUCCAUUGGAACAGAUCAUGGCUACCAUUCUAGCUCACCCAUACAGAAGUCUGUACAGAACAGUCCGUUCACAGACCAUUCACUAUCUAAAGACGAACUCUCUCGUCUAUUGGAUAAUUCGGAAUUACCAGAUCCACUUGUUGAUUUUAUUUUGAAAUACUCACGCCGUUAUACCGAAAACGCUACCUCUGAAGAUCCGAUGUCAAGUCCAAAACACCGUCCAGCAUCAGCAGAUUCUGGUGUGGACUCACCAAUGUCCGCUCGUUCUGCGCCACAUGCCAGUCCCGAAGUACCUACUGGUGGAAAUAGCGGUCCUACUACUCCCUCAUUUAACCAAACUCGACUCAGCCCCAGCAAGGGCCUUGAACGUUCAGCGAAGCAAACUCUGCGAGCGCUUAUCCCUGAUGGAGAAAUGGACGACGCUUGGGCUUGGACUUUAAAAUGCAUACAGUUUGCUCCCGGCACUCUCACACACCAAGAUGAUGAUCGUGACACGCUCCUCCAUAUUGUCAUCACACAUCACGACCUCGCGAAGAUUUACUCUUUAGUCGAACAGCAACUGAAACUUGACAAUGUCAAAGAGCAGCGACCAUUUGAUGUCCCGAACCGAUACAAUGAAACCCCACUGUUUUUAGCUGUACAACAACAGCUCAAAGAGGUUGUUGCUUAUUUGUUAGAAGUUGGCGCCGAUCCAAAUGUACAAACGCUCCGCCCAGAGAGGGAAGGAGCUCUACACUAUGCGGCUGCCAGAGGGAUGAAAGAUAUUGUUGAGGUGAGAAAUAUAGUCACUCCUCUUCAUUGUGCGAUCGUCAAUCAUGGAGUGAUCGACGAACGCUCUCAGAAGAUUGUCGACAACCGUGACAUCAUCGUUACCCUCCUCAAGGCUGGAGCCGAUCCAACACUCGUGGAUGCAAGAAGUGGAAGGACGGUUGUGCAUUAUGCUAUCGAAACCAUGGAUCCACAGAUCAUAGAGGUCGUAUUAGUUCUUAAAAACAAUGUGGAGGAAGAGUCAUGGACGGAAUUGGUAAAUCUUGCAGAUUUCAAUCAGGAGAAACCCAUGGACAUGUUUAGAGCAGGGAGAUCCCUCUCUCAAAAUGAGUCUGCCAGCGUUUACUAUACGGAUCAACGACCUCAUUUGGCUGGUACAAAUGAUUCACCAAAAUCUUCACGCGUUAAAGUGUACGUUUUAUUGCGUGGAUGA